AUGGCUUUGGCGAGUACCGAAAUUUCCUCGCUGGUUGUUUUUGUCAUUUGUGCUUUGGUCCUUAUGGCGUUUAUUGUAAUUUAUGUACUAUUUUCUAGUCGGAUAUUUGCAUGGUCUAUUUGUAAAUUAGCAUGGUAUUGGAAAUUAAAGACGUUGAAUGAAUAUUUAUCGAUUGGAUCUCUCACAUUUUCACCACUUGGAGGAAAAAUACUUUUCCGUAAUGUACAAUAUACCACCAAGAAUGGAUCACUUCACAUUAUCGAUGGAUACAUAGAGAUUUAUUGGUGGUUUAUUAUAAAAUCGACUUGGCAAAAAUCUAAAAAGGAGUCAAGAUUUAGAUGUUAUCUGAAUGGAGUGGAAUGGUUGAUUUAUAAUAAUGUGUCACGAUACGACCAAAUUAAUUCCAAAAAAUUAAAUUAUAAUUUAAGCGACAGUGAUGGAGAGGACGGAGCCCGUCUACAUAAUGAUGAUAGGAUUCAUGAUACAGAAGAUGAAGGUCACCGGGAUAUUAUGGAAGAGGACAAUAUCCAGAAAUUUUUCACUUGGGCUAAAGCUGUCGGUGUUGACAUUAGAAGAGGUUGUGUCGCAAUUGGAAACAGUGAGCUGCCUACUUCUGUGAGAAUAGCCUUUAGAAGAGCAAUUUCAACAAUUUAUCUAGACAAACCAGCUUGCAAUUUGGACAAGUAUAAAUUAGUGGCUGACAUCAAUUUUGAAUAUAUCAAGGUCAUGUUCAUAGAAAACACAAGUAUUCCCCAAUACAACACACCCCAUUUUGAACUUUCGAGAAAAAAAGUAGAGGAAGAUAUUAUCAAGGAAGUACAGAAACAAUUUAAGAGUAUAUUUAAAAACUCCAAUUUUGAUUUUAUGAAUGAGCUCAAAACAAUGGCUUCCGAAAAGAUUGAAAAACAACCAGAAUACGUAUUUAAUUUAAAAGAAAUAGAAAAAGACAAGUCAGCAAAUGUGGAUGAAACCAAAGUUUGUCUCUGCACAAAAUUAAGGGUUUCUUAUUAUUAUGAAGAAGGAGGUAUCAUACCUGAAGAAGCAAAUUCUCCAUUACCUCCUCAAACGGAAUAUAAUGAAGAUAGAGAUCACCAAUCAGAGCUUGCUCCUCCUUCUCAUGGCGUUGAAUUACAUUUUGAUCGGUUUGUAGAUGGAGCCAUUGUAUAUGGACCGUGGGGAGAUCAUCAGCGUGCCCUUCUUCAAGCAUUCUUCUUUCCUCCACUUUACGAAAAUGCUAAAUACUACCGCAAAACCUCUGGUAGGCAAAGAAGAGCUGAAAAGUUUGAUGUCGAAUUUUACUUUAUGGAAAAAACGACAUGGAUGUUCCCUUUCAUAAGAACUCCCAAAACUUUAAGGGAAAAGAAAGAAAAUAGAGGAAACCAAGAAGUCUUGACAAUGAUUUUUGAAAAGAAUUCAUUUCUUCAUUGGAGUGGAGAUAUGUUUGCAUCUCUUACAACAAAUGAAACUGUCAUCAACAUUGACUUCAACUUUCCUGGCAUGACUCUCAUUACUAGCAACACCAAAGUAGCGUUUGGAGAGGCAGAAAUUGGAAAGGGACAUUUUAUUCUGAAAAACUCUGCCGAAUGGAAUGGAAAGAGAGAAUGGAUUUUCAAUUUUGAAGCUAACAAAUCAAUGGUCUACUAUACAGCAGAGCAUAUUGGAUUUAUAAUGGACAUUAUUAGAGAUUGGAGAAAUUAUCCAAAUCAAAAACCAUCGACAUUGUUAGAUUUUAUUCCUUCUGUAUAUACCUAUAACUUUUAUUUAUAUAACUCAUCACUCAAAAUGCAUACAAACGAGUUGAACAUUGUUGAGCAUCCAAACGAUCCAGUUCAUAAUCAUUUCUUUUGCAUUACCUAUCCUCUCAUGACGAUAUCUUUCACAGCUCCUGGAGAAAUUUUUUCUCCUUCUGCAGUGGAAUACACAUUUAGCGUGGAAAUUAAAGGAGAUCCUACCAAAGAUCCAGGAGUUCACAUGGAAUAUCCUGCAAACCAUCCUAUAUUUGAAAAUAGUAAUGAUCCAUCCAGAAAGUUUUUGUGGGGAGAAAGAGCAGUUGUACAUGGCUCAUACACAGUUCAUGAGAAAAUUCAUGCAGAUAAUGUAGACUGUUGCAUGAUUAAUAUAGAUCUAUUUAAUGUGAACUUGCUGGUUAAUGGAUAUUAUAUUAAUUAUUUAAUAACCAUGUGGUUUGAUCAUUUCACGUCUGAAAGAUUUUGGAUGACCACCGCAGAGUUUAAUUCUAAUGGAUUCAAAAACGACAAAUCCAAACAGAUUAAUAAUCUACAAUCUACUGACUUGAACUCAAUACCCUACAGCUCCAAUAUUACUGAAUAUGUUGUAAAUAUUAACAUCAAACGAGGAAAAGUAUACUUACCUCAUUCUUUAUACUCUAGCGAUGAAUGUACUCAACUAAUGGGAGAAGAAUUCAGUAUGGACAUUAGAUACGUCCCUACUAGUGUUGACCUUUGUUUUUCGUUGGGUCAAAUGAUGGCAGAAAUACCAAUGGUAUUUGAUGAGAGAACGAGACAAAGCAAGAAAUUUGUUGGUUGUGAAGGCAUUCGAUUUAACGCACAAAUUCCCAUGGGACCAAACCCUGAUGGCUUAACCUGGAGAAGAAAACUUCAUUUCGACAUUGGUGCUCUUUCAGGAGAGAUCACCCCAAGCCAAAUUGGAAAUGUUGUCAACUUUUUGCUCAAUUUUGCCUAUCAAUGGAAGUUAGCAUAUUAUCCAAAGCCAGACAUUGCGUUUAAAAAAGCAGAUUUUUCUAAAAGACAGUACUCUGAAGAAGAGUUUGAUGAAUAUGUAGUUUGGGAUAUCAGAGUUACAUUCGUCUCUAUAUUUGCCACAAUAUCUAUGGCUAAUGGUCUUGUUCAAAUAGACCUUGACAAAGGGUUGGAGAUUACCUAUGAUACAUUGAACAACGGCUCAUCUAAUUCUAGAUUUAAUCUUGUCGUCCCAACCAUCCAUGCUCGAGCAAUGCAUGCAAGAGAAAUGGGAAUGAAAAUGGAUGGCGAUUGGAUCCAGGUUGGCGAAUUAUUGACUGGAUUGAGCGUUGGUAUGGCCAAAAAGACUCAUGACCUCAGAGAACACUAUUUUAGACAGCAAAAGUUCAUUCAAAAUAUGAAUGGAGAUGGAUUUGACCUGCAAUAUAACAUGGAAAGACAACAUACCUUGUUAAACAGAAGUGCUGGAGAAAGCGGCUCAAGCAAAAAGCGCUCAAAGAGGAAAAACUUAUCCAAACGCUCUAUCGUGAAAAGUUCAACAGAAAUCAGCGAAACGGAAGCCAGUGAAACAGAUACAGAUGAAUUUUAUGAUAUUGCCGAUGAAGAUGAAGAAGAACUAGAAGAAGAACAUGAAAGAAUAUUUGUGGCUCCAAAAAGUAUCCAAGAAGAAAUGAUUCAUUACGAAAAUGACAACAGAAAGGAAAUAAGCACAGACUAUAUCGAUCAUCUUAUCUGUGAAGACACUAGUCAGACUUUUGAGAAAGAAUCUUUGGAUACUCGAUCUCAAUGGAAUUUAAUCUCAAAAUCCUUUCCAAGUAUGUCAACUUAUUCAGCAUAUCUGAACAGCUACAAUUGUGAGGUUGAGAGAGAGAGCUUAGUACCGAUUAGUUAUACAGCUAAAAAUUUUCUUGAUGACAAAUAUCCUCACCACAGGAUGGGAAUGUACUCUCCUUUUCCUGAAAUUCGAUUGUUACGUCACAAACAGCUGGAUAAUUCGGAGCAUAGAGAUUAUCUACCACUAACUAGCAAAUAUUCAAGGUUAAAUACGAAAGAUUUCAGCGGACAAUUUUAUUCAUUCACAACUGGAAAGGAUCGAGAAAAUAUUCAACGAAUUUUACAAAUUGAGUCUCAGUUAAAUGCUCAAGAGAAUGUUGACAUUCAACAUGUCAAUAUUGAAUUUUUGAAAAAUAUUGACAUUAACCUUACUCCCAACGUAGUUCCAUUGCUUCACAAUCUGGUGAAAUAUAUCAUUUUACCAGAUUCCACCCUUCAUGCUACUGCAGAUCACAUUGAGAAAUCACAGAAAAUAUUUAAACAAGAAGUACCAGAAGAGUUAUUGAACGAAAAGAAGGUCAAGCCAAACUGGGACAAGAAACGUAUUCUUUUCUCUGGUGGAGUGAAAUGUGUGAACGUGAAUAUUAUUCAAACAAUCUCUGUUCCUAAUAUUAUUCCAGAGUCUCCGCUUCAAGGGAUGGUCGGUACUUAUUCAUUGAAACUGUUUGCAACUGAUGCCCUCGCGGGUUGCUCGGUGACUCUCAAAUAUAAUGACAAGAAAAAAUCAUCAGAGCUGUAUUCAAUCGAAGGUUUUGGAAAAUGUUUGGAAUUGGGUGGUGUGGCCCAAUGCUUGGAUAUGAAGAAAAAGUUUUACAAAGGGGUUGAUACCAGUGAAUUGUCUCACCAUUUUCUUCAAAGAUGUAAUCUAUCUUCUGAUGCUCCAGUCAUUGCAUUUGUUUCAAUACAGGACAUCCAUUUUCAAGGUAAAAACAAUAUUAAGGAAGAAAAUUCACAAGGAAGAUUUACUUGUACUGUAGGAAGACAAGGUUCAUUCAAUUCUGGAGUGACAAUUCUAGUCACUCACGACAUUGUUGUAAUAGGGUAUUCAACUGUCGAAGUUUGGAGAAAAGUCAUUACCGACAUGGUUCUCAACAUCAAAAAUUAUGUGAGACUACGCCACGUGUAUGAUUUGUUGCUAUUGAGUCAAAUAUCUAAGACUAGCAACAAUAUCAAUUCAAUGAAUGAUGAUAUUGGCUCAAUUCCAGUUCACGGUGUAUUAGAGAAAAAACAAGCGAUCAAGCACUUGCAUAAGGCCAUUUGUGCCCUAUCACUUUCUGAAGCAAAAAUGAUGCACCGCCACAUAGCUAAUCACAUUCACAUCAAAGUUGAUCCAAAAAAGGAAAUGAGGGAUAUUAGAAACGAAUAUUCAGAGCUCAUAGAAGAAGAAAGUUCUAUAGCACCGAAACAAACAACAUCAGCCUCAAUUGAGCUAAGAACCGACAUUUCCUUCCAUCUACAAAGACUAUCCAUCACUGUACAUUCCACAGAUUACAAGACAAAAAUUUCCACAAACAGUAUUGCAAAGGUAGAAGACAUUUUGGUGAGAGGAAAAGUUGAACAUGGAGUUUAUUCUCUGUUUGAAUCUGACUACAAGCAUUUUGAAGAAUCAAAACAGAAAAUUCGUGAGGUUUCUCUCAUUCUAUCUAUCAACUGCAAAGAAUUUAGUAUUGAUGUGCAUUCUCAGACUCUUAUACUUCUUACGUCUGCAUUAGGAGUGUUUCUUAUUGUUAAAAACAAACCAUUCAUCAAAAAUCUUCGAGAAAAGGAAAGGAAAAAGGCGACUGACAUCAAACACAAAUCUCAACCAAUGCUUGAAGUUCCAUCCAAAGAGGAUGUGAGCAUGUCUCAUUCAGAAAUGGAACACGUGGAAAAAGAUUUGCCAGUUUCCAAGGUUUCAAUCAUCCUAAAGCUGCAUGUCUUUACAAAUGUUCAUGUUGAAAAAGCUGCAGCAAGAGCAUGGAUGGACAAGGGAAGUUACGCAGAGCUCAGUAUUGACAAAUUUUCUUUUUCUUUCAAUCAGCCAAAACAAACAGAAGAGCAAAUGUUAUCAAUCACCUCUGAGUCAGUGGAUGAAAGUGCAAGGUCUACUAUGAAAGCUAGCGAAAUUGCCAGUGUCAUGCAACAUUCAGGAAACAUCUCUGUGAACAAGAUUUUAUUUCAAUUCAACUAUUCAACUCCAGAAAAAACUAGUACUCCAAAGAAGGAGUUUAUCUCUUUGUUUGACGUGACAGUUAGUGAUAUUCGACUGAAUGAAUUCAUGUCAAAGUACCAAGAGACCCUACAACUUCAUGUUUAUUUCACUUUUGACAAGCUACUAAUUAAUUUCCCAUUUGCUGAUGUUUGGUCUGCCUCUUCAGUACAGUUUCGAAACUUUGUGAAAACAUGGUAUGAAGCUGUGACUCGUAAACCCACUUUACCUCCUUUUAAUAUGGAGAAAGAAAAAUCUGGUACAGAACCAACAAAAGACAAGGAUGCAAAAACACUAUCCAAUUUUGCAAUUCCAUCAAUUAGCGUUGUGGCUGACCUUAAUGAUGUUUCAGCAUAUUUUAAACUUGUCAAUGCCUUCCAAAUGAGAUAUGCAUUAAGCAAACUCACUCUUAACUUUAAUCAAACACCCAAGUUGGAAAAUAAUUUUAUGGUUCAUUUAUUUCCAAAUUCAUUUACUUUAAAGUCAAAUAAUGAUGAGGAGUUUCCUCCCUCUAACAAAUGGGAAGGUCCAAACAAAUCCUCAUCCGGAAUGAAUGAGUUCAAGAAACAAUUCCUUCUUCCUGAGCUUAUUGUUUCUGGAAGUCUUAAGAAUCAACAAGAAGAUGACGGAUCUACUAAGAGAAUACUGUCAAUGCUUAUUGCUAUUGACUACAUGGAAAACGUUGUUACCAGUGAUUUAUUGAAUCAUGUGAUUGUUAUUCAAUCAGCUGUUGCAAAGGAAGUGAAUAAGAUUGUUGACAGCCUUAAUAUUAAUGUCGAAAAAGAAGACCUUGAAAAAAUCAAAACGGAAUUACCAAAGGCCAAAAAGAAUGUGAGUUCCUUAAACCUUUCACUUGAUGUCAAUGUCUUGUUCGAUGGCAUUCGAAUUACUGCACUUGGUCCUUCAACUGCUUUGGUUGUAGAUUCUGGUUCUAUUUUCGUGAAUGCUAAUACUUUGGAGAACAUGAAGCUUAAAGCAACGUUGAAAGGACUCAAUAUCAAUAUGAUUGAUACACACAAUAUUAAGUGGGCAAACACAAGGAAAUUCAAGGAUCGUUACUCUGACAUUAACGAAUGCUAUCAAUGGGCACAAUUCAGAACAAAUUUACAAAUUCAAAACUUCCUUGAUACACCACUGACUGGCCAGUCCAAGAAUCAGGAAUCAACAUCACGUAACUUUACAGUGGACGUCUUUGAUACACAUUUAUACUUACGACCAGGUUGUAUUGAACAAGGACUAUUCCUUUUCAAAGAUUACAAACAAUCCAUGAAAACUCUUUUUGAAAAGUUGAAAGAAUCUCGACAAAAGUAUAGAUCUGAAGCUCUGACAUCAUUAAUCAAGACAGGAGAGCAAUACUACUCGAUUUAUUCUCAUCAAAUCAAAGAAAAGGUCACCAAUGAUGCUGACACCUUUAUUAACUCGGGAGUUGUUCGUAUCACCAAUACGACACUUUCAAUGCCAUUUGGAGAUAAUCCAUAUUAUGGAUUUUUAACAAAUUCUGGUCCUACUUAUCGUCCACCAUGUUGCUUGCAAGUAAUAAUUCCUGCCAUAGGUUUUUCAACCAUGUCAGAAUCAGAGGAUGAUGUUAGUGCUACAUUGGACACGAUUAUUUCAACAGGAAAAGAUAGUGUUUCCAGCCAACGUGUAGCAACAGGAAAAGUGCUUUCAGUGAACAUUUAUUUAGAUGAAAAACCACCUCGCAAAUCAAAGCAAUCAUUUAAUAUGCCUUCUCUUGCUGAGUAUGAAGUUGCCAAAACGAAGGCGAAAGUAGAAAAAAUCAUUAUGAGUUUGAAACUAAAAGUGUCAAAGAAUGAAAUUAAUGGUUCUGGAAUUCUUCACAUUCCAGGACCGGAGUUGAGAAUUUCACCCUCUUUAAUAAGAAGAGCUUUAGAACUUGGUUAUGAUUGGUUCAAUCCAAAACGAAAGCUCUUUGCCACAGAUGUGACUAAUGAGCUUCCAUCUCAAAAACCACCUGAAACUCCGCGACAAGGAGAAGGUAUUAAGAUACGAGAUUUAACACGUAGAAAGUUGAAUUUUCUAUUCACUGCAAAUAUCCAACCAGGUGUUUUUACACUUGCUCACAACUUGACUCCUUCAACUAUUAUGCGAAGAAAGGUCACAGAUGAUAGUGCAGCAUCUGUUGAAGAAAAAUUACCUUCCAUCUCUGUAACUGCACUUCACAAAAAUCCAGGAACAAGUGCCAACCGAUCUACAACUCAUGUUCAUGUAGAAGUGAAUUGGGAUGGUAUGAAGCUCAUGCCUAAAUCAAUGUUUUUCAUUUUGGAGACACUUCAUGAAUUUAAACUUUGGAUCAAAGAAGAAAGAAAGAGAAGGAGCAAUUCUUGUGUCGUGUCACUUGAAGAGUUACUCUCUGAAAGUGACACCUCUAAACCUGUUGCUUGGAUGAAAAUGAUUAAGGCACUUUUGUUAAUUCAACGAGUUUACAGAGGAUAUCGAGCAAGAAAAUUAUACAAAAAGCUAAAAGCUAACAAAACAGAAAGAGACAAUUAUCUCAAGAAAUCAGUCAAAAAGGAAUCCAAAAAACGUGAAGCAGUUACCUUACAAUCUGAUUCAUUCAGUUUGCAAUGUCGAAUUAAUCCCUUCAAGCUUGAACUUUCAUGUUUUCCACUUGCGGAAACUGCAACAUGUCUCGAGUUUGUAGCUCCAUUCGACAUUAUGAUGAGUCGAACUUUGAGAUCUGUUCAAACAGGGUCUACCAAAGGAAAUGCCAUGUACAUGAAUCUCUUCCUUUCAUGUCCUUCAACCAUUAUACGAUGCUAUCAUCCACUCACACCAACACCAUUCAUUAUCGUCACAGUGAAAGGCAUCAUUGGAAACUUGGGAAGUGGAUUUGGUAGUUAUUUAAGGUCUGAUGAUACUCCCGUCUACUCGGGUACUAUUCAUGUGAAAAAAAUAUCACUGGAAGUGAGUUUACCUCAAAUGAAUCACUUUUUCAUCAUGUACACGAUUUGGAUGGAUAAAUAUGAAGAAGCGAGAAAUGCGUUGAAAAUGGUGCGAGGAGAAAUUGUAGCAUCACCCAAGCCAACCACACUACCAGUGACGUUAACAAGUGAGGAACAAGAAGAAAAGGAACAAAAGCGAAAGAAAAUUAGUAUGGAUGAAAUUUCACUCAAUUCCACUUCUUCAAAAUUUGGACAGUUACUCAUUUCUUCAUUUGAAAUUGUUAGUGAUAUGGGCCCAACAUUAGGAAAACAAAAAUUUGUUGCAGAUGAGGUUUCUCUAUUCUGUAAAGAUAAGGGUCGUAUCCAAAAUGAAACUGUGAGAGAUCCACUUCACAUUGGAGGAUAUAUUGGAAAGUUAGAAGGAAAACUUGUAGGAAGACUUCAAGGAACUAUUGUUAUGAAUGGACUUGUCGCAGGAGUUAAUCGUUCAUUUAAAGUAGGAGGUCCAAAUCCAACCUACAAAGGAGUUACUGAACUUUCACUUAUUGCUCUUCCAAGUUUAAUUGAUAUUGAACUUAACUCUGCAAAAAUUCUGAACAUUUCUUUGAAAACACUUUCUCUGCAUUUUUGUGACGUAUUUGAUUCUAAUGAUGGUAGAAUGUAUCAUGUGGAAACAGAAAUUAACUUACCAGGAGCGGUUGUGAGGUUAUCAAAAAUAUCUGCAUCUGCAUUUAUUUAUGUAUUUUACAAGAUCAAAGAAUUGGCAUCUGAAAAGAAGCGAGCAGCACUUGACACACUGCAAGGAUCUGUUUCAUUUUUCAAUUUUGAAUCCAAAACGUCAGAUAAUGAUGAAACGGAUGACGAAGAGGAACAACCUUAUCAAAUCAAAUCUCUCACAAUUCAAUCUCCAACCAAACAAUUCCUUUCUCUUGUUCCAAUGGGUGACAUUGUUUUUAAAGGAGCUAAUUUAAGAGUUUAUCUUUAUGAAAAGUUUUCUGUGGAAAAUGAUAAAUUUGUACCCAAUGGAGAUUGGUUAGAGUUUGGAAUGGAUGAUUACCAACUCAAAUUCAAAAGAAAAGCACAUGUGGAGGAUAAAUCAGUGGAGAGAAGUUUAACACUAUUCUUGGCAAAAGUCGUUCUGGAUAGAAUGGCUCCUCUAACGAAGAGAUCAUUCAUUUUGGAAGUACCUGGUGCUCAUUUAACCAUGAACUCGGUUCAAACAAGAGCAUUACCUGAUGUUAUUAGUUACACAUUUAAAACAAAAUUUCCAAAAGCAAUUACAGUCACUACCAAUUUGAACGAAUACACAUUCUUGCAAGGAAUAGUCAAGCUCUAUAAGAAUGAAGCGAAAAAUGAACUGGACGAGCAUCAAAAGUCUUCCAACCAAAGCAAUGCAGGAACUAUUAUUUCUUUGACCUCACCAACACUAGACGAGCAGACAUCCUCUCAAAAGAAGAGUUCCAAUAUUUUUGGUAUUUCAAAGAGACAUUUCGAAGGAACUGUUCAACUAAAUCCAAAAGUUUCUGUUCUUGGUGACUUGACGCCUGAAGUACAAACUGUGUUGGGAUGGCUUGGAAUUUCUGAAAGUAUCAUUCCACAAGUAACACAUGAAGGUGUGACAGAUACUCUGGAGACCAUUCUAAUUACAUGCUACAGAACAAGUGAGUUGAUGGACAAAAUUUUCAUAGAGCAAGAAAAGUAA